AGGAAUGCACAGCUGACAGAUGCAGCCGAGUUCCAUGUCAACAUGGAGGCAAGUGCCUGACUAGCGAUAAUUCAGCAGUUUGUCUCUGUCCGUUGGGGUUUUCGGGAGACUUGUGCGAAAUCCGUGUUGAUUUACAGGUGCCUUCUUUCAAUGGAUCCAGCCACCUCCGCUAUCGCGGCUUGGCAGAGAGUGCCCUGACUUGGCUAGACUUCGACAUUACUUUCAAACCGACAGCUCCUGAUGGCCUCAUGAUUUACAACGGGCAUCGCAUGGACGGCACCGGCGACUUUAUGGGCCUCUACUUGAACGACGGCUUCGCAGAGUUCAUCUACGAUUUAGGAACCGGAUCGGUCACGGCCAAGAGUCAGUAUCGCUUGGCUCUGGGAGAGUGGCAUCAGGUGAGGAUCUCCCGCACCGGCAGAUUAGCCAUCCUAUCCGUGGACGGUCAACUCCCGGUGGAGGUUCUGUCCCCCGGGGCCUUCACUCAAUUAUCUCUACCUCAAAAUCUAUAUCUGGGAGGCGUCCCCAACUUCGGAGUCGUCUCCCCGAAACUGAAAGUGAGGACCGCAUUCGUGGGCUGCAUCCAGAAGGUCGGUAUAAACGGGCGGCCGCUGUCGAUCCUCGCCGAGGCACUAGGUGGCGCUAACGUCGACAACUGCCCGCAUCCUUGCGUGGCGCGUCCCUGCGGGGAGGACGGGGAGUGCUUGCCGGAGAUGGAUUACUUCACUUGCAG